UUUUGUGUUUUAAUUUUGUUUUUCCUGAUCACUUGUGCUUUCACACUUGUUGGCUACUGAUGCUCUGUGAAACUAUUUAUGUUUCACAGAGACAACCUGGGAUACCUUCCUAUCUCUGUUGGGAGCCGCCCUGGACAGGAGCUGUGAACACACCUUCAAGUCCUGAGUAAAGAGUUACUGGACUGGCAUGGUGUUGCACCCUGUAGUGCCAUUGGACUUGACCUCCACUCGGAUAAGAGAGGUGCAGCUCUGGGAGUGGGCGUCACCCGAUGGGGUUGAAUGACAACUACCUGUUUGUCAUAAUCCUACCCUUUGCCCCCCCCUCCCUUCCUUUGUGAUAGAUACAAACAGAACUUGGAACCCAGUAACCAGGCACCUACAUUCUAGCAACAGCCUCCUCCCAGCUCAUUUGGUGAAAUACUUUGAAAGCCAAAACAUGUUUUCCUGCUUCCCCUGUGGGUUUUCCUACUUCCCCUGUGGAGGCCGACUUUUUAGGAGGCCACACCGCCAGAGCUCCCCCUAUGGCUGUACAGCCCCUUCCCCAGAUCCCAACCCCAGGAUGGCCCGCAGACGAAACAUUAUGGUGAGAAUGGGGUGCUGGUGGAGAUCCUGCUCCCACCACCUCUGCCCUUGUGUGAACAGACAAGGCAGGCCCACACGCAACAAUCGAGGGCCACUGAGGCAGAGACCAUCCACCACCGAUCUCAUGGAGGACAGCAACAGGGGCUUCCAAUCAAGAGCAGUGCUGGAAGGGCCAGGGCCAAGCACCAGUGGGAACGAGCUUGGCCUCAGGGCACAGUCCCCAGAGAGCUUGGAGGACACCCUAGAGCCAGACUGCCUAGAUGAGGACUCCUCUUUCACAUCCAGCACAUCCAGUUCCUCCACCAAAGAGGAGACGGACGUAAUGUGGAGAAGGGUGAUGUCCUCACUCAUUGGAAUACAGCGGCUUCAUAAUCCUGCUCGGAACAUCCAUUGCCAUGUCUAUGUGACAGACCAUGACUUGGAAUAUGAAGACCACCACAUCCAGGGCUUUAUUGAAAACCCAGAGCCCAUGGAGGGAAAGGCCAAAUGGCCACUUCUGGUGACUGAGGAGACAACUGGCCAAUUUCCACCAUCUGGGAGAGCACUACAGCUGGAAACGCCUGAAAUGUCAUCUCCAGGCCAGCAGCUCCUGGUGACCCCUCCGCCAGCAAAACCCACUGAGCUCCCCCCUAUACCUAUUCCCACACCAGAGGUGCUCUUGCGCUCUCCUGGCAUUUAUUUUUUAAUUAUUUUUAUUGUAUGUAUUUACUUAUAUUUUUAUUAAUAUUAGCUUUUUCAAAUUAAAUAUUUAUUUGUUAAA